UUCUAAACAUGGGUCAAGAGUAUCUAUAAAAACACUAGACCUGGCCAUUAAGAGUUAGUGUCAUUCCGUGUAUUGCUUGCAGAAAUACUUAAACUACAAAAUGUUGAAAUAUCUGGGAUUAUUAGUUUUGAAAUUUGUAGCAAUUUUUUCUGCUCCCUAUACUGGGGUAAUAUCGUCGAAUUUGAAUCCAGGAACGACCGGUUGCCCUGCAGGAUCGGUUUGUGUUAGUUUCCAUUUAUGCAGAGAUGAUACAGUUCUUAAGGACGGCUCCGGCUUACUGGAGUCUCGAGUGGACUAUGACGAUGGUGCCGCCGAAUGCAUAAACUUCCUGGAGAUAUGCUGCAGACUUUAUGACUCCGCACCUAAACAACCUGCCCCAACUAUACCCAGCACUGAAGUUAAAAGCGAACCAAAGAAAUUAUACGAGACUUGUGGAACCGGAAUUGUGGACGAGAUCAGCCUCAAAAUCACAGCAGACAGAGAUAGUGAAACAACAUUUGGUGAAUUCCCAUGGAUGGUGGCUAUUGUGGCGGAACAAAUGAUCGAAAAACGAAUGGAGCUCAAUAUUUAUCAAUGCGGCGGUUCACUUAUCCAUCCAGAAGUUGUUUUGACUGCAGCCCAUUGUGUUUUCGAUAAAAGUUCAACGAUUUUGAAAGUGCGAGCCGGUGAGUGGGAUACUCAGAGCAAUGAAGAGCCUUUUCCGCAUCAAGAUCGAUUCGUAUCAUUGAUUGUAAUCAAUGAGGGGUUCAACAAGGACACGCUGUUCAACGAUAUAGCCCUUCUGAUAAUGGCGUCACCGUUCAAGUUGGCUGAAAACGUUCGAACGGUGUGCCUGCCUCCGCCUACGUAUGCCUUGAGCAGCAAUUUGAAUUGCGUUGCUACUGGUUGGGGUAAGGAUAGAUAUGGGAAAGUCGGAAAGUUCUCUACCGUUUUGAAGAAAGUGGACCUUCCGCUGGUUGCUUCCGAUGUAUGUGAAGCUAAUUUGAGGAGCACUCGACUUGGUCCGUAUUUCGAAUUGCAUGACUCAUUUCUGUGCGCUGGAGGCGAGGCGGGGAAGGAUACGUGCAAAGGAGAUGGUGGAUCGCCUUUAGUUUGUGCGAUGGUGGAGCAGCCCGAACGCUAUUAUCAGGUUGGAGUUGUCGCCUGGGGAAUAGGAUGCGGUGAUGAUAUUCCGGCUGUUUAUGCGAGCACGGUGAAGACACGCGAGUGGAUUGAUGAACAAUUUAGUCGAUACGCGCUUGACAAUAAAUAUUAUUUGAAAUGAAA